CUUCUCCUUUCAUAUAUCAACAUCCCCAACCCCUCUAAUUCAAAACUAAACCACACGAAAGAGCCUUCUUUCCACUCCUUCAUCUCCUUCCCAAUAUAACUAUUAAACUUCAAUCCACAAACCAGAAACCAGAGAGAGAGAGAGAGAGAGAUGAGAGAAGUUGCAGAGAGAGCUCUGCAGUGCCUAGGAAGAGGGUUCGACGUGGCGUCUGAUUUCCGGCCAAAGCACUGCAAGGGCAAGCAGAGGCUUGUCCUUCUCAACGAAGAUGAGUGCGUUGACCUCGCCCUACCUGUCGCCGGCGGCGGAGUUCUCCGGCGUGUCUCCGUCGAUAUAAAGUGUGGCAAGGGCGACAGAGUUCGGUAUCAGUCCGACGUGCUCGAGUUUAACCGGAUGUCAGAAUGUUUCAAUCAAAAGAGUGCAAUUUCUGGGAAAAUACCCUCAGGACUCUUCAACGCCAUGUUCGGUUUCAAUGGUAGCUCCUGGGCCAAAGAUGCAAUGGAGACCAAAAGCUUAGCAAUGGAUGGUUACUUCAUCGCUCUCUUCGAUCUUCACAUCGAUCGCAGGCCUUUGACGCUCUCCGAUCAAGUCAUCGACGCCGUCCCUACGAAAUGGGACCCAGCUUCCCUAACCAGGUUUAUUGAGAAUUAUGGAACUCAUAUAAUAGUGGGAUUGAGUGUGGGAGGGCAGGAUGUGGUUUAUGUGAGGCAGGAUCAGUCUUCUGAUUUGUCUUCUUCUGAGCUGAAGCAGAAUUUGGGCCAGCUUGGAGAUCAGCUCUUCACAGGCACCUGUGCUCUCCCUCCUCUUCACUACAGGUCCAAGGACUACAACAAGCCCAAGAUUUCGGAGGCUUUCAAUGUAUUUGACCUGCAGCCACUGAUGAUGGAUGGCUUCACCAAUGUUUCAUGCAAAAAUGGCUUAACAGUUGUCUGCUCGAGAAGAGGAGGAGAUACUUCAGCAAGCAGCCACUAUGAAUGGCUUCUCACCGUGCCUUCCAUGCCGGACAUCAUCAACUUCACUUUUGUGCCCAUAACCUCACUCAUGAAGGGCGUGGCUGGCGCUGGCUUCUUGGCCCAUGCCAUCAAUUUAUACCUCCGAUGUAUGUAUAAUCCUUCUAAGAAUAAAAGCAAGGAAUAUUGA